AUGUUCGAAGCAUCAAGUUCGCCGCAGCUCGCAAACGCAAGCAGCGAUAAGCGUCAGGCACUUCACACAUUUCCACCGCCCACCAUCUUCCCGCCUCUGAGGCAGCCUCACAACCAGACCAUCAUCUUCCUCCAUGGCCGGGGCUCCAGCGCUCGUAUCUUUGCGCCCGACCUUCUUGACACCUCUGUUGCUGGACUGGAGACGGACAGGGUUUCCAAAUCGCUGAGAGAGUCCCUGCCAAACACUAGAUUCGUAUUCCCCACGGCGCCACGGUCACGGGCGACGAUCUACAGACGAUCCAUCAUCAACCAAUGGUUUGAUGGGAGCGGUGAUUGGGAGGAGACUGUUCUGGGUCAUGCGAAAGAGACCAUUGAGUAUUUGCAUGGGCUUUUGAGGGAAGAAGCCUUGCUUGUCGGCGGCGCAGAUAGAGUAUUUUUUGGCGGCUUUAGUCAAGGAUGCGCAACCGCCCUUGUCUGCAUGUUGCUCUGGGAAGAUGACCCUCUCGCUGGCAUCGUGGGAAUGUGUGGGAUGCUGCCCAUGGGUGGCGUGCUUGGCGACACUUUGCGUCAAGACGAAUCUGGCAAUAAAGGCUUCGAACAUCACGAUGAUAAGCAGGAAGGAAAUGUUGACAUCGAGGAUGAAAUUUUUGAAACCACUGGCGAUGACACCUUGAACCCCUUUUCACACGACGAAGGUGGUUCGCCAGGCACUCUGUUGAUACGGGCCUUGAAUCUUCUCCGGGAAGAGGUAGGAUUUCCGCCGCUGUCAUCAAACUCAGAACCUCGCGUACAUGAAAGUACUGUGUUUCUUGGUCACGGUACCGAGGAUGAUAACGUGCUGCUUCAGUACGCUGAAGAAGCCUCGCGGGUGUUACGGAUGGCCGGGUGCGAUGUUAUUUUCAAGAUAUAUGAGGGACUUGGACAUGGUCAUUCCCCACAAAUGCUACGGGACAUACUUGAGUUUCUGGGGAGAGAGAAAGUCUGCUAG